GCUGAGACUCCGGGCUGCCGGGCCGGGGCUUCCCCGCGCCCCCUCCCCAGACCCGCGCGCUCCGGACGCUCGGCGGCGACUGGCCCGCGUCCGCGCCUCUUGGCUCCGAGCGCCGCCGCGGGGCUCCCGAGCGGGGUUCGGGCUGCGUCGGCGCGUUUUGUUUUGUUCGGGCUUGUUUUUCCGAGAGCGCCCGAGCGGCGGCCGCCCAGACCCGGGAGGGCAGGAUGUCAAACGUGCGGGUGUCUAACGGGAGCCCGAGCCUGGAGCGCAUGGACGCCCGGCAGGAGCACCCCAAGCCCUCGGCCUGCAGGAACCUCUUCGGCCCCGUGGACCACGAAGAGUUAACCCGGGACUUGGAGAAGCACUGCCGAGACAUGGAGGAGGCGAGCCAGCGCAAGUGGAACUUCGAUUUCCAGAACCACAAGCCCCUGGAGGGCAAGUACGAGUGGCAAGAGGUGGAGAAGGGCAGCUUGCCCGAGUUUUACUACAGGCCCCCGCGACCCCCCAAAGGCGCCUGCAAGGUGCCGGCGCCCGAGAGCCAGGAUGUCAGCGCGAGUCGCCAGGCGGUGCCUUUAAUCGGGGCGCCGGCGAACUCGGAGGACACGCACUUGGCGGAGCAAAAGACGGACCCGUCCGACGGCCAGACGGGGCUGGCCGAGCCUUGCGCGGGAAUCAGGAAGCGACCCGCCGCAGACGAUUCUUCUCCUCAAAACAAAAGAGCCAACAGAACAGAAGAAAAUGUUUCAGACGGUUCCCCGAACGCCGGCUCAGUGGAGCAGACGCCCAAGAAGCCGAGCCUCAGAAGACGUCAGACGUAAACAGCUCGAAUUAAAAAUACGUUUCCUUGUUUAUCAGAUAACAUCACUGCUCGAUGAAGCAAGGAAGAUAUACAUGAGAAAUUUUAAAUACAUAUCGCUGACUCCUUGGAAUGGACAUCCUGUAUAAGCACUGAAAAGCAACAACACAAUAACACUAAAAUUUUAGGCACUCUUAAAUGAUCUGCCUCUAAAAGCGUUGGAUGUAGCAUUGUGCAAUUAGGUUUUUCCUUAUUUGCUUCAUUGUACUACCUGUGUAUAUAGUUUUUACCUUUUAUGUAGCACAUAAACUUUGGGGAAGGGAGGGCAGGGUGGGGCGGAGGAAUUGGUAUGGGGGAGGGAUAAAGAACUUGCUUCAAUUUGACUUGUAUGAAGAGAAGCAAUUUUGGGGAAGGGUUUGAAUUGUUUUCUUUAAAGAUGUAAUGUCCCUUUCAGUGAGAACUGAUACUUCUUUUGAAAAGUCAUCAAAAUUUGAACACUGGCUACAAACAGUUGCUAUUUAUUUUUACAUGAAGCUUAUUCUUACUUGGGAGACCUGAUGAUUCCGUUAUGUAGCAGUAAAUGGCUUAAAAAAAAAAAAAGGGCAACAAAAACCUGUCUUCAGUGUUCUCCCCAGUCUCCCUUAAAGUUGGAAUUUACCAGCUAAUUAUUCAGCAGUUCGGUAAUCAGUCCAGGUAAUUUGGGGCAAACUUGAGGGUACGGGGGGAGUUCUAAAUGCUCAGAAUUAACCAUCUGUUUUUCUCAAUUUUGGGGGGAAAUUUUUUAAAUUUUAUUUUCACUUUGGGCUACCUAGACAUAGUCAAAAAAUUUUAAAUCCUGGAAUAUUUUUAAAGAUCUGUAAGUAAUUUCACAUAAAAAAAAAUGAAAUAAUUUUUAAUUUAAAGCUUAUUCUAUCUGUCCAUUUGCCCAAAGGAAAAGUGUUUUUUGUUUUUUUAAAGGAAAGAUUGUGUAGAGAAAAACACACUUGUGGAACAGUGAAAUGGAUACUACAUCUUUAAACAGUAUUUCUUCAUUGCCUGUGUAUGUGUAUGAAACAAAACCAUUUGAAGUGUACCUGUGUACAUAACUCUGUAAAGACACUGAAAAUUAUACUAACUUAUUUAUGUUAAAAAGAGAUUUUUUAAAAAAUCUAGACAAUAUACAAGCCAAAGUGGCAUGUUUUGUGCAUUUGUAAAUGCUGUAUUGGGUAGAAUAGGUUUCCCCCCUCUUCUGUUAAAUAAUAUGGCUAUGCUUAAAAGGUUGCAUACUGAGCCAAGUAUAAUUUUUUGUAAUGUGUGAAAAAGAUGCCAAUUAUUGUUACACAUUAAGCAAUCAAUAAAGAAAACUUCCAUAGCUA